AUGGUGCACCUUUCCCAAAUCCCUAGCAAUGAUAAGGUUGCUGCUCCCCUCGUCGAAGGGUUGAAGAAACUUACAAUGGCUGCCUCGAGCGAGGAGGAUCGAUUCACAACUAGUGUUUAUGGUUCUAGAUUUGCUGCAGAGGAUCUGCCAGAGCAUGAGAUGCCGGAUGGAGAGAUGCCCAAGGAGGUUGCGUAUCGCAUGAUCAAAGAUCAUCUUUCACUCGAUGGAAAUCCGAUGCUGAAUUUGGCAUCUUUUGUUACUACAUUUAUGGAAAAAGAAGUCGAAGACCUCAUGACUGAGAGUUUCAGCAAGAAUUUCAUUGAUUACGAAGAAUAUCCUCAAUCUGCAGACAUUCAAAACCGAUGUGUUUCCAUGAUCGGUCGUUUGUUCAACGCUCCUACAAAUGAAGAAGGUGAUGCUGCCGUCGGUACCUCGACCGUUGGUUCUUCCGAGGCCAUCAUGUUGGCAGUUUUGGCCAUGAAGAAACGCUGGAAGAAUGCUCGUAUCGCUGCUGGAAAAUCAACCGAUAACCCAAAUAUCGUUAUGUCUUCCGCUGUUCAAGUUUGCUGGGAAAAGGCAGCUAGAUAUUUCGAGGUUGAGGAAAAAUAUGUUUACUGUACUCCAGAUCGAUAUGUAAUUGACCCUGAGGAGACAGUCAAUUUGGUCGAUGAGAAUACCAUUGGUAUCUGCAUUAUUCUCGGCACGACUUAUACUGGGGAGUAUGAAGAUGCCAAGGCUGUUAACGAUCUUUUAAUUGAGAAGAACAUCGAUACCGUCAUUCAUAUUGAUGCAGCUUCAGGUGGAUUUGUAGCUCCAUUCACCGUACCAGAUUUGGAGUGGGAUUUUAGAUUAGAAAAGGUUGUUUCUAUUAACACCAGUGGUCACAAAUAUGGACUCGUUUACCCUGGUGUUGGUUGGAUUGUCUGGAGAGCACCAGAGUACCUUCCCAAGGAGCUUGUCUUCAACAUCAAUUAUCUUGGUGCUGAUCAAGCUUCUUUCACUCUUAACUUCUCCAAGGGUGCUUCUCAAGUUAUCGCUCAAUAUUACCAACUCAUUCGUCUUGGUAAGCAGGGUUACAAAGCUAUCAUGAGCAACUUGACAAGAACCGCCGAUUAUCUCUCCGAUUCUCUUGAACAACUCGGUUUCCUUAUCAUGUCGCAAAAGAAUGGUAAAGGUCUCCCACUCGUUGCUUUCCGUAUGGACCCAAACUCCAACAAACAUUACGAUGAAUUCGCAAUCGCUCAUCAACUCCGUCAACGUGGAUGGGUUGUCCCAGCAUACACUAUGGCACCAAAGACUGAUAACCUCAAGAUGUUACGUGUAGUCGUCCGUGAGGAUUUCAGUAAAUCAAGAUGUGAUUCAUUAUUGAGUGAUAUCAAGUUAUGCUGCAGUGUCUUGGAUGAGAUGGAUAAAGAUACUGUCAAGAAGAAUCAAGAAUAUAUUAAGUCGCAUGCUACUCACUCUGGAAAGAGCAAGCAUAACCAUUCUCACUAUAAGAAUGAGAAGCAUAGUUUGCAAGGAAAGACUGGAAAGACUCAUGCUAUUUGUUAG